ACUGAAAUAGUUUUCAACUAAAUUUAAAGGAUGAAAACGUUACUGUAUUUGUGUCUCUUUGUUUAUACAGCAACUGCUGUACCGUUAAAACAUGAUGAAGUCAAUUAUCCACGUUUCGUCAAAUUAUCAGAUAAUGACGACGUCAUGCAAACCGUGGAUUUGGAGGAGCAGCCGGACACUACGCUAUUAGAAGAUAUCUACAGAAACCCUGAUAAUAACCGAUACCUUCUAUAUACGAGAGAUAAUCCUUUGGCACCUCAGACACUACAUUUGAAUAAUACCUUCGGUGUAUUUUUUUCGAAAUUUCAUGCCUGGAAACCGACUGUUGUUAUUGCUCACGGAUGGUUAAGUGACCGAAAUACUGAAGUAAAUAUUGCUCUCACGGAUGCAAUUCUUCGUAAAAGUAACGUCAAUGUUAUUGUUAUGGAAUGGAGAAGACUCGCGCUAUCUAGUUAUAUAACUGCUGUAACUGGUGUGCCUGCGGUGGGUCGCAGACUAGGACAGUUCUUAGAAUUCCUUCACAGAGUUACAGGAGCACCUUUCGAAUCUAUGCACCUUAUUGGUUAUAGUUUAGGUGCUCAUGUAGUUGGUAACGCUGGCCGAGAACUUGGUGGCAGAGUUGCGCGCAUUACGGGGUUGGAUCCAGCAGGACCAUUAUGGAAUCUUAAUAGUAAUCGUCUUAGAUCAUCUGAUGGUAUUUAUGUUGAAGCUAUACAUACUGACGGAGGAGUUCUUGGACAGGGAAUUGGAUCAGCUAUAGCUGAUGCUGACUUUUUCCCCAACGGUGGCAUAUCUCAGCCUGGUUGCUUAACAAGCUUCUGUCAUCACAAACGCGCUUGGGAGUUAUUUGCUUCAAGCGUUACUUAUGACCAUUUCCUAGGUAGAGAGUGCUCAAACAUGCUUCAAGUGUCUUUGAAUAUUUGUCAUGGUAAAAUUUUUAAAAUGGGCAAUGAUGAUAUACGUAAAAGAGGAUUAGCUAAUUACCUUUAUUCAGCAACGGCUGUGUCGCUAAAACAUGUAGAUAACAAGUAUUCGCGUUUUAUCAAAUAUUCAGACCAUGAUGGUGUUAUGCACACCGUGGAUUUGGAGGAGCAACUGGAUACUGAAUUAUUAGAAGAUUUAUUUAGAAAUCCUGACAAUAAUCGAUACCUGCUGUACACAAGAAAUAAUCCUGUGGUGUCUCAGACACUCCGACUUAAUAACACCAAUAGUAUAACUUUAUCGCAGUUCGACGCCAGGAAUCCAACUGUAGUCAUUGUUCACGGAUGGUUAAAUGACCAACACACUAAGUUAAAUAUAGUUCUCACGGAUGCAUUUCUUCGUAAAAGUAACGUGAAUGUUAUCGUUAUGGAAUGGAGAAGACUCGCUUUAUCCAAUUACGUAACUGCUACCGCUGGAGUGCCUGCGGUGGGUCGUAGACUCGGACAAUUCUUAGAAUUCCUUCAUAGUGUUACAGGAGCACCCUUCGAAACUAUGCAUAUUGUUGGUUUUAGUUUAGGCGCUCAUGUAGUUGGUAACGCUGGCAGAGAACUUGGCGGCAGAGUUGCACGCAUUACGGGUUUGGAUCCAGCAGGGCCCCUAUGGAAUCUCAAUUCCAAUCGUCUUAGAGCAUCCGAUGCUAUUUAUGUUGAAGCUAUGCAUACUGAUGGAGGAGUUCUUGGGCUAGGAAUUGGAUCAGCGGUGGCUGAUGCUGACUUCUUCCCUAAUGGUGGCACCUCUCAACCGGGCUGCUUAACAAGUCUGUGUCAUCACGAUCGUGCAUGGCAGUUAUUUGCUUCGAGCGUGACUUAUAAUCAUUUCUUAGGUAGAGAGUGCUCAAACAGGCUUCAAGUGUCUUUAAAUAGUUGUCGUGGUCAAAUUUUAAACAUGGGCAAUGAUGACUUAAGCAAGAAAGGCUCGGGGUUAUACAGACUAAAUACGCAAAGAAGUUACCCUUACUAAGAUGUAAUAUUUCGAUAUUUCACAUCUUUGUAAAUAACAAUAA